CUUUAUUUUUAGAUCCGGUUAGGUCAGUGAUCUUGUGUUGUUUUCUUCUUGUACGUGUGUCAAAUUUUGUCUCCAAAAUGAACAUCCUUCCCAAAAAGAGCUGGCACGUCAGAAAUAAGGACAACAUCGCAAAAGUUCGCAGAGAUGAAGCGAGAGCAGCAGAGGAAGAAAAAGAGCGGGAGAGACGGCGGGCGCUGGCCGAGCAAGAAGCCAGAACCGAACUGCUUCGUGCCCGAGCGAGACACCGUUUGGUGGGGGAGGGGGGCAAACAAGCUACUAGUAUCCAGGAUCAGGACCAGGGUCCCAGCCCUAGCGACGCUAGUGUUACUGGGUCGGAACUUGUCCCGGCCACAAGUGUAGGCCACCAGGGGCAUAUCAAUUUCUUCAAAGAUCUUGAAGAAGGUAAAAAGGUCGGCGGCGUCAACAAGGAACACGAGGAAGAGAAGAAGAAGGAACAAGAACAGAGGGAGAAAGACAUCGGACUCCUUACUUAUUUAGGCCAAAGUGCAGUUGAGGCACAAGGAAGUAAACCCUGGUACCUGAACAAGACAAGGCGCGACGACACAGUGAAGAAGGAAGAAGAUGAGCAAGACAACUCAGCAGUGUCCAGUUUGGACAUGAAAAGGAAGAACUUCCUUGAUCCUGUCCAUGACAUGAACAGAUACCUCAGCAAGAAGAGAUCCAAGCAUCAGGAGGAACACAAACGACACAAGAAAAAGCACAAAGAAAAGGACCGAGACAGACAGAAAAGAAGUGAGACUAGGAGUAGGCAGGGUUCAGUAAGUAUUGAGCAGUUAAGGGCAGAGAGGUUAAAACGUGAAGCAGAAGAAAGGGCCAAAACAGAAAGACUGAUGGCACUACGAAGAGGAGAGGCGCCAAAACCUACGGAGGAGGAAGUUAUGGAGACCUCUAAGUUCAGAUACAACUCACAGUUCAAUCCAGACUUGGUCCGCAAACCUCGACCAAGAUAUCAGCCAUACUGAAACGCUUAUACAUAUGUAAUUUAUUAUGCAAGAAAUUUGCUUCUUCAGCAAUGCAGAAGAGAUGUUCUAAGUUGUUCAGCAAUUCUGAACUGAAAUAUAUAUAUUCUGUAUUAUGUAAGCAGUAACUCAGUGAAUGCAAGGCUGCAAGCUCAGUUUUUGGCUCUUAUAUUUGCAUUUUUAUGAGGAACAUAACACAAGUAAAUUUGACAAGGUACUGGAGGAAUCACUACUUCAUGUAAAUAUUUGUGUAAGAGUUUGCAUCAGUUGUUAUCAGAUGCAGAAGGUAUGUUACUUGCUCAGAUUAAAUGCACUAAGAA